UCGUGGCUGUACACCAUCAGCUGUUCGCCAGCUGAUCAUUUCCAACACGUGAUUACUCGCAAGAAUUGUUAUGGUCACGAUUACUUGCAAGAAUUGUUAAUUAUUUUACUGCGAGAACCCACACGGGACACGCAUACAUGCAUAACGUCAUGAAAUCCUUUCGCGAGGUCCUCUCGAACGCGAGCAACAUUUUAAUCUUAACCGGCAGCGGUAUCUCCGCGGAAUCCGGGGUGCCAACUUUCAGGGGUGCUGGCGGAUUUUGGCGUAAAUAUCAGGCGCCAAGUCUCGCGACACCGGAGGCCUUCGCGGCGAACCCUUCAUUAGUCUGGGAAUUUUACGAAUAUCGCAGGCAAUUAGUGAGCAAAGUCAAGCCGAAUAAGGCGCACGAAGCUGUUGCUGAAUUUCAAAAACGCAAAAUAGCAGAGGGUAAAAAUGUGUCAAUCGUCACGCAGAAUAUAGAUGGAUUACAUCAAAAAGCUGGGGCGCAGGAUGUAGUGGAGUUACAUGGUUCGCUUUAUAGAACACGCUGUACCAAAUGUCAUAACAAUGCCAUUAAUGAGAAUAUUCCCAUUUGCCCAGCAUUGGCAGGAAAAGGAUCUCCUGACCCGAGCAUUAUGUCCUCUGAUAUUCCAAGGGAAGAAUUACCGCGUUGUGAAAUCAAAGAUUGUGGAGCUUUGCUGCGACCUGAUAUCAUAUGGUUUGGUGAACAGCUAGACGAAAAUGUACUGCAAAAGGCUUUUGACAUUGUUGAAAGUUGCGACGCUUGCUUGGUCAUCGGAACCUCAGCGAUCGUAUAUCCAGCCGCAAUGUUUGCACCGCAAGUAGCGCGACGUAACAUACCGGUAGCAGAGUUCAAUAUAGAAGAAACGCCAGCCACGGGACAAAUGCAAUACCACUUUCAAGGCCCCUGUACUACUACUGUGACAGAAGCGUUGGCGCCUUGAAAGAGUUGAAAUAAUACACACAAAACAUAAUAUAAUAAUAUAAUAAUUAAUCUGUCUUUCUCAUAGCAUAAAAAAUUGAUUACCUUACAAUAGCACACUUCUGUAUUCAAUCCGAGAUGAUUCAAGUAGUCCAACCAUAAUUUUUGUUUGGUUGACAAUGAAUCGCCUGGACCCUUUACCUCUACAAUUUUGUACUGAAAAAAUAAGAUUCAAUUGCAUUUUAAUUUACGUUUGCAUAAGACUUCUAAAAUAUAAGACCUUUUCUCGAAUAUAAUGUAUAUAUAUAAUGUAUAAUAUAUAUAAGCUUUUAAAAUUAUGUAUAUAGAAAAAUAAACUUACUUGUUUUG